UUUCAACGAGACCAGCCCUCUACCUGAAGUCGAUACUGUGUGGAUUAUAUUACACAUACCUUCAAGAGAAAAAUUCUUCACUGCACACAUGAAACCAGCACAUUUCCUAGAGACUGUUCACAUGCUAUGUGUCAGAACUGAUCGGUGCAUCUACGUAUUAUAAAUGAGCAAGUAUAAGACUCUAAACUUCAUCAACUGUGUAAAUAAUGACUCUUCAUGAUAAGAUGGACAGUAUAAAGGCAGAUGAAGAGAUAGAUGACUCUGAAGAAGAUGAGAAUGAUUCUGCAUUGGAUUCAUCAACCAGCUAUGCAACACAUCUGUUGUAUGAAAAUUUGCCGAACAUAGAGGAAACUGGAUCAACAAAUGAACACGAUGAAUUACGCAUCAUGUUGCUGGGGGCAAGAGGGUCCGGAAAAAGCUCCACCGGAAACACCAUCCUUAGGUGCAGCGCUUUUAAAUCUGACAUGCAGCUGAGCAGAAUCACACAGUUCUGUGAAAAAGCAUCUGGAGACAUCAACGGCCGACCCGUGGCCAUAAUCGACACACCGGGACUUAACAGGAUCGGCCGUACGGAGAGAGAAGUGACCCGAGAGAUCCUAAAGUCCAUCUCUCUGUAUACUCCAGGACCACAUGUGUUUCUGCUGGUUAUGCCUGUCGGGAACUUAACUAAUGACGACAAAAGUAUGCAUAAACUCAUUGAGAGCAUGUUUGGGGAGAGUAUCUGGAAGUACACCAUCAUUGUGUUCACUCAUGGAGAUCGUCUGGAGGGAAAGGCGGCGAAUGACGUUAUCGCAUGCUCGGAUAAGGAGCUCCGCAAUUUUAUCCAUAAGUGCAGCGGUGGGUUUCUGUUCUUCAAUAACAAGGACACUACAAACUACGAGCCUGUGACAGAACUCUUGAAGAAAGUCGAGACCCUCGUAGCCAUUAAUGGAAAGAGCUGCUACGCGUUGUCUUUUUACCCGGCCUCAGAGAGGAAGAUCAAGAAGAAAAUGGAGAAGAUUUUAGAGAAGAGAAAAGAAAACAUUGCACAGAAGGAGAGAGAGCUGGUGAUAUACUGUAAAACUGAGCAGGAGGUAGAGAGAAAAAAGCGGGAACUGUGGAGAAUGGAAGAAAAUUAUGCAAGAAAAAAGGCUGAGAAUCCAGCCUUCAGUCUAGCCAAACGACACUCAUCAGACCGAAAGUCUUCCACCUAGAAACACUAGAUAGUAUUUGACAAAACUUGUGUGAUACAUAUUUGGACUAUGCUACUAAAGCCUGGUGUAUGACUGAUGUAUGACUGAGUAAAAUUAUUAUUUAAAUGUUGGUUAAUGUAUGAAAAUAUGUGCCAAAACAUCAACCCAAUGACUAUGAGACUUUGCUUAGGAAUAAUUUUUGAAAUCGAUAUGCCUAAUAUCAUAUCGUUUACUUUAAAACUUCUUUCCCACAAAUUCUAUCAUUCUAUCAUCAAUUAAGUCUAAUCAGUUUUGUUCAUUCAAAUUAAAUCACUAUAAUGUCUGAAAAAAUGCUGAAUCCGAGUAGAAAUACCUCUGAAAGAAAAGAAACUUUUACAUUUGAAAAUUGAAUUCAGGAAAAUACUGUGGAAGGAGCCAAAAACUGCUGGAUUUUAAGACUUGCUCUCUGCAAAUAUGGCUCAAAACAUGUCCUUUUAAAAACAGGGAUCUUGAGUAAAAUUAUGGAGUUUUUAAAUAUUCACACAACAUGUUUUAUAUGAUUGUGAGAAGUAAAUUUACCCAGCAGUUUAGAAAAACUCAUAUAAAUUUAAAGGACACUAUUAUACUGCUAUAAUGUUCCAGUGUAAUAAAUCUGUAUUAAAUGUCAUGAAUGUAAACUGAAAGCUUCUUCUAAUUCCAGGUAGGUAUUUUUUCAAACGUGUUUUUUUUCCAUUUCCUUUUUACCGAUUGACCUGGGGAAAAAUAAAACGUGAUUAUAAACAACUGAAGGAAAAAUGAGUCACAUAUGUGACUCACAAAUGAGUCUACAUUCUCUAUGAUAUUUAAAACAACAGUGGAUACAGAGUGUUAAAGGAUUAGUUCACUUUAGGAAUAAAAUUAAAAUUCCUGGUAAUUUACUGACCCCUGUGUCAUCAAAGAUGUUGAUGUCUUUCUUUCUUUAGUCGAAAAGAAAUUUUCUGAGGAAAAUAUUCUGGGAUUUUUCUCCAUAUAGUGGACUUCAAUGGGGAUCAAUCGGUUGAAGAUCCAAUU